AUGACUUACUUCACGGACUUGUAUCAAAAGUUCCGCGCAAAUCCCCGCAAUGGGGAGGUCGCUGACAAUCUAUCUUACAUCUACGUCCCCUCCACUACUACGUUCGAGGGCAAAGAUGCAGUCAUCAACCACCUGUCGCGACAAUCUGCUGCGGUUAAAAAGAACAAGGAAGAAGUUAUCAAUACCAUUGAGAGCUCGGAUGCGUUGAUUUUGGAUAUUGCGACUACUUUGGAAUUUGUCGAAAGUGGCGGAGCCUAUCUUCCCCAUCUUGACGAUAAUUUCCUGGCCGACCGCGUUGUCACCUUCCCCACGCUCCACAUCGUCCAAUUUAACCCGCAAAAAGAAAUUCAACAGGUUCGCAUCUACUGGGAUCAGGGUUCUCUUCUGAAAGAGGUGGAGGUUAUCGGCGCGCGUGCACGCAACUGGCCCAUUCGCGAAGCUAAGACCCAGAUCCGUCUGCUCCAGAACGCUGUGGAGUUGCGAUCUGCAGCUCCGUCCGAUCAAUCGUAUACCCCGGCCCAGGCACGAGCUGCACGCCCUGGUUCGCCUGGCAAGCGUCACAUCAAAGACCCCCAUGCUGCCGACUCUCUGUAUGAUCUCUUGUCGCCCUCCAAGGUCGAUGCCCUUAGGGAUGAUACCACAUCAUCUGCUUCUCCUGCCAAGAGAUACACCAAGGAUCCAUAUGCUCAGGAAUCCUUGACGGAUAUCUUGUCUCCCAGCAAGGAAGGCCCUCCCAAGAAUGUGCGUCCUUUUGCGCCUGCUUCGGCCCAGCCGGCUCCACGUGAAUAUGGCGAUCUGUUCGUGGAGACUGAGGCAAUGCCGGACUCCCCCUCGAAGCCAGAGAAAAAGAUUAGCCAUAAGCUUGGUGCCGGCAAGUACCAAGCCAAUCGUAUUUUCAACGACGAGAAUGAGCAGACCCCGGUCAAGGUUGAGCGCGCCCUGUACCAGCCCAAUCCUAAGAAGUGGGACCACUUCGAAAUUGGUGACAACAAUGAAGCGGAACCUAUCCCGGCUGAACGCUCAAUGUACAAGACAAGCGCUAACAAGUGGAACCACUUCGAGAUUGGUGAUACCGAUCCUGCUACUCCUAAGAAGUCUGCUCUCACUGUGCCUUCUGCACCUGUUCAUGGGGACCACCUCCCUUUCGAGGACGGCGAUGUCAAAACGCCUCACUUCACUAAGCACGUUAAUAAGCCCCGCCGCGAUGCCGCUAUCCACUUUAAUCUGAAAGACGACCAGGAAGAGGAUGGCCGCAUUAUCAGCUCCUUCCAGAAUCGUGGCAAGCAGCUAUAUCAGAAUAGCCUGUUCAACGAGACCUCACCCAACAAGGAUAGCCAGAAAGAGCACGGUUCCAACCGCAUGAAGGACUUUGACAGCCACUUUGAUAUGCACGAUGUCUCACCUGUGCCUCCAAAUGGCAUCGAGAACAAAAAGCCAAUUCCUGCUCAUCAAAAAUCCUCAUGGGAUAACUAUGACGAGGCGUCUCCUGAGCCCAUUCGCCCUUCUACUACACUUCACAACCCGGGCCGCCAUAAUCAGCCCAGCUGGAGCAUGGUAGACGAGGAGUAA